GCCCCACGCCUCCUGCUGUAGGCCUUGAGCUUGGCUGUGGUGAGGCUUGGCUGCGCUGUCCAAGCACUCUUGCGCGUCAGGUCUGUGACCAGUCUGGGUGCGCUGGCUCGCCCUCUGUCUUCCUGUCGACGGGACCGGCCUGCACCGCACUCACGCAGCCCCCGGCCAGCACCCUGCCUCAUCGCGCCCAGGGGGAAACCCAAAUCCCGCUUCGCCCUUUGGCAUUUGGUGUUUGGGGUUGUUCUAGAAGCAGCAGCGAGGCCUGUGCAGCUCCACAGCAGGGUUUUCCUCUGGGCUGUUUUCCCAUGAGGUGCCGGAGCUGUUUACCUCCCACAGAGGCCCUGCUCAGCUGCAGCAACACUUUCAAGAGAAUCCCGUUUGCAGGCUGUUUUCUGCAGUGUCUUCUGGCGGCUUCUGGAAUAGGAGCUGACAAGCCUGCCGAGGGGUUACCGGGCUGGGGAGAGACACGGCUCUCAUCUCGCUGCACACGCGAUUCCCGGUGAGAGGAAGAGCUCAGGAGCAGCGCGGCUCCGCUCGGCUGUCGCACGGGAACACCUUGAAACACUGGAGCUUUCAGGUUAGAAAUCAGCGUGAUGAGUGGUCGCCAUACGUUUGAAAUUAUUACGCUUCAUAAAAUGUCACGCUUAGGUUUAUACUUUUCGUUAUCUGAAAGUGUGGUGAAACUCAGAAUAACGUCUCGAAACAUGUCAUUAUUAUUUCGUUACUUAGACGGGUGACAUAACGUGUUAAAAUGUUGCAUGAAAUGAGCCUGCAGAAAGAGAAAGGGACCGAGAGUCUGCAGCGCUCGGCGCAGACCUCUCUCUCCUGGAAGUUUGGGAGUCUGGAAGUGACGGGCGUGACGUUUCAGUCGGCUCCGCACACAGGCAGAAAGGGGAGGACCUACAAAAAAAAGUUCGGCUGAAAAUGGCUUCCUUCUCUUUGGAGGCUGGAGUCCAGGCGGAGAGUCCUUCUGAAGUCUCCGUUCAGGACUCCGGGAGCCUGAAGGAGGAGACGGCGGCGCUGGAUGAGGUCUCCGAGGAGCUGCUGCAAACUUUCCAGAGCUCCGUCCUGAGUUUCUCGGCGGAUCAGGUGGCGUGUCUGUGCGAGGCGCUCCUGCAGGCAGGCAAUGUGGAGAGACUGGGCAGAUUCCUCUCCACCAUCCCUCCGUCGGCGGAGCUGCUACGUGGCAACGAGACCCUGCUGAAGGCCAAGGCACUCGUUGCUUUUCACCAGGAGGAGUUCAAGGAGCUCUACGCGAUUCUGGAAAGCCAUGACUUUCACCCGGCCAACCACGCUUUCCUGCAGAACCUCUAUCUGCAAGCCCGCUACAAGGAGGCGGAGAUGUCCCGGGGUCGCUCCUUGGGGGCUGUGGAUAAGUACCGUCUGCGGAAAAAGUUUCCCCUGCCGAAGACCAUCUGGGACGGCGAGGAGACGGUGUACUGCUUCAAGGAGAAGUCCAGGAACGCGCUGAAGGAGUGCUACCGGAGCAACAGGUAUCCCACCCUGGACGAGAAGCGACACCUGGCGAAAAUCACCGGGCUCUCUCUGACCCAGGUCAGCAACUGGUUCAAGAACCGCCGGCAGCGGGACCGAACUCCUUCUGGGACCAACAGCAAGAGCGAAUCGGAUGGGAAUCACAGCACGGAGGACGAGGCCAGCCGGGGGCUGGAGGACGCUGGGAUGGCGCCGGCGCCGCAGGAGGAGCCCGGCGCCGCCCCGGUGCUGCUGUCUCCCGGGCCGCCCUGCAGCUCGGGCAGCCCCAUCCUGCUGAACGGCAGCUUCCUCACCACCAGCGCCCAGACGCCCCUGCUGCUCAACGGGGGCUCCCUGCUGCCGGGGCCGGCCGGCGGGGUCAUCAUCAACGGGCUGGCGCUCGGCGACGGUCAGACCAUCACGCUCAGCCCCGUCGCUGGCGGCACCCCGCUGCUGCUCAACGGGGCGCCGGUCGUCUCCAAGCAGCCCAGCGGCUCUGCGGACGUGGGCCUGAAGGAGCAGGCGGCCGCAGGCGUGCCCACCAUUGUGCUCAACGCCGCGGGCGCCGCGCUCUCCCUCCCCAGCUCCGAAGCCGGGGAGUCAGCCGGCGCGGACCUGCCCUCGGUCGAGUAUGGGGGCUCGCUUGCCGUCCAGGAGUCUGGGAACCUCAAGACCGCGAUCUCCGAGCCGGGCACCUCCUCCCCCAGCACGGCGCCCUCCCUGGUGCUCGCGCAGCCCGCCCCCAGCUGCACGGCUGACGCCCAGCUGCCCCUCGCGCCCGUGUCCGAGGCUGAGCCCACCCUGCAGCAGCAGGCAGCUCGCCAGCUGUCCCAGGAUGCCCAGGUCUCCAGCAGCCCUCAAGUCCUGUCCCUCCCACAGGUGGUGCCUUCGCUCCAGAAUAUUCCCGUCUCCCAGAUUGUCCAAGCCCAUGCCUCCCAGGUGUCCGCCUGUCCUCAGAUCGUUCCCAUCUCCCAGCUUCCCCAGACCUCCAUCUCUCAUUUGCCAGCUCAAAGCUUCCAGGUAGCCCCCCGAAUGCCCCAGCCACAGCAAGGACUGUCCCUUCAGCUGGGGGAGCCCCUUUCCCCAGCGCCCACACUCCAGACUCUGCCCCCGGCGCAGACGCUGCAGGUGUCCGGCACUCAGAUCAUCCCCAUCUCCCCCCCCACCCAGGUGGUGCCCCUCUCCCAGCCAGGUCAGGUCUCUCCAGUUGCCCCCGCGCCGCAAAUUGUGCCCCUGUCCUUGCCCCAGCUGGUGCCCAUGUCCCCUGCCGUGGCCUCGCAGAGCUCCCUCUCGCUGCCUCAGGUCGUGCCCGGCUCCACAGCGCUCCCCCUCUCCUCCGGCUCAUUUCAGAUCCUCACCACCACCAGCAACAUCAGCAGUGCUCCAGGCUCCUUCAGACUAAACCAGCUCGGUGCUCUGCAGAUCUCUGGCACCCAGGGUGUUGGCACAGCUGGCAGCAGCUCCACAGGCGUACAGAUCCUGAACUCCAGCAUCUUCCAGCUUCCUUCUGCCUCACCAGGGAACAUCCUUCUGACCAAUCCAGCAGGGGGCAGCACCAUCUUAACUGGGGUGACUUUCCAGCAGGGCAAACUGAUCCUGACGGCCACCUUCCCCGCCAGCAUGCAGCUGGCCAGCCUGCCUCUCAAGCCCGACGCCGAGAGCGCCCCGGCCAACGGGGGCAUCGUCCUGACGCCCGUCAUCUCCGUGGGCAGCGCUGGGGGAGGGGGGGCUCCGCAGGGCACGGGGGGCCCCGCCGCCCUCGCCAUGGCCUCUCCGACCACCUCCUCUUCCUCCUUCCAGAGCGACUCCUCUCUGAGCUUUGUGAGUCCAGCGGGUCUGUAUCCGGCCCCCGCCCCUGAGGCUGUGAGCUCCACGGCCAUGCUGCACGUGGCCCCCCCCAGCACGGUGGGCGGCCUCAGCCCCCAGGUGUCCAAGCUGGGGGACGCCCAUCUCUCCCUGGCCAUGAGCACCCCCGUGUCAGGCCAGGCGGCGGUGUGGAGCCCGGGGCUGUUUGACGUGAGGAAAGGGGACCUGCCGGAGGAGGAGGCUCACCAGGGGCUGCUGGGCCUGACUGGCGGCGACGGGCUCCUGCUGGGGGCGCCCUCGCCAGGACCGCACGGGGAGCAGGCCCAGCUUGAGGAUCCCGAGGACAUGGACGGGGACCCCAAAGUCCUCACCCAACUGCAGUCCGUCCCCGUGGACGAGGACCUGGGACUCUGAACGCGGGGGCGGCCCGUCGCCCGCAACACCAUCCACCCAGCACAGCCCUCACCCUGGCUCGCCCCAGCGUCCCCCACUCAGUGCAGCACUGCAGGGCUCCAGGAGGGACAGGCCCCUCACUGUCACUUACACCAGAGAGCACUCCUGCAGUCGCACACCUGGGAACGCAAGCGUUUGUAAAGGGCCCCCCGGUUCAUUGCAUCAAGGACGCAACACCUUCGUUUGCCGGUAGCUGCUGAGGCAGGCUUGCUGUUGGCCAGGCCGGGUCACAGGGGCAGCAGGGCUCCCUGGGAGGCUGGUCUUUCUCCCUGGAGCACCUCCGCCUGUGUUCCAGCACUCCUCCUGCUGUGAGCUGCGUGCAGUUGAGGUGCAGGAUUGGACUGAUCUGCAGCUGCUGUGAUAAGGGUGAGGAUUCAGCAGGCCAGCAGGAGGAGGGCAGUGUCGCCAUGAUUUGAAGAUGCAGCUUUGGCGAUGCUCUGCAUCCACCUGCGGAGCCCUGGGCCUCCUCCUUCAUGCCCACAGCCAGCACGGUCAGCUUCUGUGAGUCUGUAGUGUCCGUACAACAUCAAGUUGUUCAUUGGGAGAAUAGAGAUUUUCAUUUUGUGAGCUAUAUUUCAGGUGUUCUUUGCAGCAUGACCUAAAGCUAGUUUUCCCCUUUCCUUGCGGUUGAGGUAGCUGGGGAAUGAUGCCUCAGCCUGUCUGAGGCUGCAGGGUGCUCAGCAGCUGGCGCCUGUUGCCGUGUCAGAAAUGCAGGCGGAGAUCACAUCACUACGCGACUGGCAGCGCUGUUUCUCACGUCUGACCCGAGAAUCGCACCCAAAACAGCUCCUUCCACCAGGGACAACUGCUGCAAAAGCCAGGCCUUUCAGUGAAGGCAGUGCAGUCAGGAAAGAACAACCAUCAUCAUACUUACAUAGAAAAUGAUUAACAGUUUCUUCUGUUAUUCAACAACUUUUGACGGUGGUGUGAGAAAAGGACAAGUCUGCUCUUGCACAAGUUUGAUUCUCACUUCUUUCCUACACGGUAGUUCUAGUCUCCACUCUUGGUGCUUCGCGCUGCCCCGCUGGCAGGCGGUCCCUGGGGGGUGUGGCCUCGCCCGCAGAGCGGCGGCGGCGCUCUGUUCUGUAGCGGUGAGUGCUCUUGUCUCCAGGACAGGCUCCUGGGAGCACCUUCAGCUUUCUGUUGCACAAAGAAGCUUGGUGCUCCUUCAGUACACUUGUCAAUUAAAGAGAGUGUUAGUAUCAGUGUGAGGCCAAAGAGAAUGAAACGCCUAAGAUGAGUGGUUAGUCGCAUCAAAAUCUCUCUUUGGCUCUUGAAAAAAGCAGUUGUGCACAGAAAUAAUGUGUGAAAGCAUCCACUUCCUUGUUCAUUUUAUAGACUUGUUUGAGUAGGUAACCUUCCCCUGUGGAGAUGUGGCUCUUUGAGUUUGACGUCUGAGAUGAAUUGUACUGUCAGGCUCUGAAGGACUUGUUGUAAAGGAGCCUUAUCCAAGCGUUUGUCGUUCUCGCAGUCCAGUUCUGGGAGGGCCGGUCACACUGGUCUCCAGUUUUCCCCCUGCACAGCCCUCCCCUACCCCAGCAGGACCGCCGUGGCCCUGCAGGCUCCAGGCCCUGGCUGUGUGUGAGAAACGUCCUCCUCUCCCGCGGAAAACACACUUCACUUUCCCUUGUUUGAACUGUGUCAGUUCCAGAGGACUCUAAUUCUGAAUUGCUGCUUUUUCGUCCAAAAGCUCACUCCUGCUCUAACACUCUUUAUGGCUUUCUUGAGUGUGGCUAAACGUGUCACUAAGGGAUAGAAAUCUUGAAUCUACGUCACCAGCAGAACUAGGGAAGUGCUGGAGCUGCAGCAGAUGUGCACGUCCUCUGAUGUGAGCCCACUGCUUCGUCAGCCUGCACCCUGCUGCAGAUGAUCUGAGAUGCAACACUACAUGUAAAUAGAAACCUUUUUCUAUGCAAACACUUCCACUUUGGGUUUUUUAUGAAAUGAAAUAGCAAUAUGUUUUUACGUUAUGUUGUGUAGUUUGUUGUUGUUGCUUGCUCUUGUGAGUGAGAUUACUUUGAAAAUCUAAGUGCCUUAAACGUCUGGACUGAUACUGUAACUGGAGGUGUGUGAGAUGGCAGCGAAGUGUUGUGUACAGCUUGUGUACUAGCCUAAUUGUAAGGAGCUGGAUUGUUGUAACUGAUGGGCUUCCACUGUUACUGCUGGCAGCUGUGGUUCAGCUCUUCUGGCUGCAGGACAAGAUCAGAGCUGUGCUCUGUGGGGCCCCUGUGUAGAUCAGAGGAUCAGGGGCUGCCUGCUCAGAGUGAGGGGUGUUCUGUGCCCCUGGCUCGCAGAGUGGGCAAUAGGCAGGCAGGGGUGAAAAUCCACACUUCCUGCACCCUGGCACGAGCCUGGUGCUGUUCCUGCAGCUGGCUCUACCCGUCCUGCAAGGAGAGACGGCUGUAAAGGGCAGGCAUGUCUUCGUGUCUGCACUCUCUCAGUCAGUGACUCCAGACGGGGGAGGUGGGUGAUAAAUAACUGACACUUCCAAAUGAAAAGAAGAAACUGAAACCGAUUAGGAAACCUGAAUGUCUGCCUGGAGACUCAGUAAACUUCUUGUUGUUGAGAAACACUCCUCCUGUCUCCUCGAAGGGAAUGAUGACAUAAUUAAGCUCUAAAACGGGAUGAUGUCUCUUUAGAGAUGUAGUUCCAGUCAACACCUCUCUUGCACAUUUGCCCACGCCCUCUAAAAUAAGUGGUGAUUCUAGAGAACUGUUUGGUAAAGCAACGCUAAUCUGUUCUCUUCUUAAUCACAAAAUGUCCUGUUCAAAUUCCUGUUCUUCAGGCCUUCUAAUUGGCUCCUGACACAAGGUGUUCCUUCACUGUUGCAGGUAGUGCUUCACUUUCAGGGACCACGUCUGUUCACUAAGUCUGAAUACUGAUACAUGAGUGAAUGUGGGUGGGUCAGGUCUUACAAGGAGCUCGAAGCACUCUGCCAUUUCCUAAGGUUGAAGGUUUUGCACACGUUCAAGUAUCAUAUUAACUGGGGAAGUGUUAUAUUCUGUAAGGAUGGUUACAGUUUCCCUAUGGCUUAUUAAUUUAGAGCUCCUUCUAUGCAUCUGACACUUUCAUGCAACUCUGCAUCAUAGGCCUGUAGCCUGGGCCUUGGACAGCCCCUGCCCCCAACAGCCAUGGGUCUUGGCCAGGGCGGCACUCUGCUGCCGCCCGCUGGUGGAGGCUGAGAGGGAGUGGGCAAGUUCACAGCAGGAAGCGAUGGAGGGCCCUUAGAAACUUCCCUCCUGACUGUUGGUUGGUAAUUGUUGUUUGUUAACUAUUGUAUUAGUAAUGGGUACUUCACAGAUCAGUAUGCAUGUCGUAUGGGGAAGAUAACGUUACACGAUUAAGUGUGUAUGAGAUGGGUGUAGGUUCGUUAGCUGUAUUUCGCUAUUUGCUGGUCCACACAGCACCAUGCCAUUGCCUUUACCUGCUUGACUCCAACAGAAACGUCCAGAGUGACUUCACUCCCGGUCUCCAGCACAGUAGUCCCGCCCCGGCCCUGGAGUCCCACUCUCUGCUGGUUUCCCUUCCAGCUGAGCUCGACUCCUCCAGUGCGGAUGGACGACUUUAUCCAUCUGCUUGCCCAGUGAGACUUUUCCUUAACUUGUUUCUUCAGUCUGUACUUGUGUUAAAAUCACUUGACUACCUGACACAAGUACACAAGUAACUUGCAGCAGCUUCAGCACACUGGGCUGAACGCAGGCUGUCCUCAACGUUAUUUCAGAUAGAACAGCUCUUACUAGCUGAGAAAGUGAUGAACAGACUCAGCUGGGAAUAACACUGUAUCAGACAGUGAGUUUUAUUUCUGUGGAGGUCCUAUUAGUUACAUUUCAGGAACCACAUCCGUACGAGGGCAUUUCUGAAUCACUCAGCUUGGUACAGGGCCGAUGCCAAUUAAAAGGCUAGAAGGUAUUUCUAAGUGAUUAAAUCAGCCUGACUAAUAUGGCCCUAAUAGAAAACUGACAUUGAUGAGCUUGUGAGCAGGAACUCAACUGGAACAAUAAGCAGAAGAGCCUGUGAUUCUCCAGGACCAGGGUUGGGAAACGCUGCUCUAGGGAAUGUUUAUGCUGGUCUGAAUUUUCUUUUCCUUUUGUUUUCAGUAGGUGUGGGCUGUGUGCGUUUCCUUUUGGAAUUUAGAGUGUGAUAUUUACAAACCAAGCACCACGAGUGCAGACGUGACUAUGGCAAAACUCUGCAUGAUAGGAAAAACUCUUUGGGUUUAAUUCCUCUUAGAAACAGAUUGAUCCCUAAGGGAUCACUACAUAGUACAUGGAGCUAUAGAAACUCACUCUUUCUGUAUCUGUACCUAUAUAUACCUUGUAAGCACGUAUUGUAUACUUUUAUAGAAGAUAAUCACAGUUGUAGUUACUACACUACAAAAAACAUCACGCCACUCUGGAAUCAGUCCAAAGAAGAGCAGUUAAGUACAUUUCUUGGCUCAAGCGAGUGUCCUAAACUGACAGGCUAGGAGAACACGACUCCUUUCAUCGGAACAGAGAAGAACAUGAGGGGACCCGAAACAAUGGGGAAGCGCAUUGAAGACAGCACAGGAGGCAUGUCUUUACACCAAGGGUUGGCGGGGUUGGUAACGAGCUGCCCAGCUGUGAGGUGGAAUCUGACCCUCUGGCUUGUUUCGGGCAGCAGCUGGCUGAGGUCCUCAGAUCAGCGAGUCGCUAGCGGCCCAGCGAGAGACGGUCUGAAUCUGCAAACCCCAUGUUUGCGGUGUCCAGUGAAUUGUGUAUUUAGCUUUUUUUCAGUGGGCGAGGUGGCUUGUGCAACACACUUUCAGAAAUAGCCUGAGUGCCUGCGGCCGAGCCGGAGCGCUCCGCGGCGCGCGAGUAGGAGUCCCGCUCCCGCUGGGAGCUGCCGCAGAAGAGGGGCCGGCUCUGCACGCGCCUGCGUCCCCUUACAGUGGCUCAUUGGAAACGCACCCCGUCCUGUGUCUGCAGUCCCCUCCACUCGGCCCUCUCUCAGCUCUCCUCUCUCAGCUUCGCUACACCAAAGAGUUUCGAGAACCGUUUCUAUAUCAAAGGGAUCCAAAAGGGUUCAAUGUGAAUACAUCUUCCAUUUCUUUUUUUUAUCAUGUUUUGUACUCCAAAGUGUUUUAUUUUUCUAAACUAUGUUACUGUGAUAUUAUAAUAAACAUA